AUGCUGGCAUCUUGUGUCAGAGGUGUGGAGAUCAUAGAUCCAGGCCAGGUGGUGUAUGUUGACUCAGGUCUGGAUGGAGUGGUGGGUAAAGCCGUGAUCCUGGAGUGUGGAUCAACCAGACCCGAUGUUUACAUCUGGGGGUUCACACAACCUGGAACCGACGCCAUCAAAGCUGUGGUCUACGACUUUGGAAAAGGCCCUAAGCUGCAGAAGCUGGCCCAGAGUCUAGGAGACCUUCAGGUGAUCUCUGGCGCCGCCUCUCUGAGUAUAGAGCGCCUCCCAUUGGCUGCCGAGGGCCUCUACACUUGCCAGGCUCUCUACGACACAGAGCAGGGAGCCAAGCUAUACUACUACUACAUACACCUACGGGUACUGGUCCCUGUCAGUAAGCCCUAUAUUCUGCUGAGUGAUGCGUCUCCGGCGGAGGGAUCUUUGGUGUGGCUGCGCUGCGGCCUAGAGAACGGCACAGGACCGCUUUACUUCUUGUGGGAGCAUGAGACACACAGCGGAUUGGUCAGCACCGUCUCCCAGGGCAACAGCAGCAUGUUCAACAUGACAGAAGUCAACCGUAACUACACAGGCUGGUACCGUUGUGUGGCCCGGAACCAGGUCAACCAGGAACGGUCCGACCGCAUCUGGCUGGACAUCAUCUUUGGUCCUGAUAUUCCCCAGAUAGAUGUGACUCCCUACAGUAUAACAGACAGAGGAUACUCUGCUCAGGAGAGACAGACGGUCUCUCUGCUCUGCCAGGCCCAGUCCAACCCUCCCAGUCAAUAUGUCUGGUUCUACAACAACAGCCAGGUGUACGCGGGACCCCAGUUCACCAUCACUAGGAUUCUGCGGAUGCACACAGGUACCUACGCCUGUCUGGCUCAGAACACAUACCUCAACACCCGCUCUAUGAAGACCAUCAGCCUCACCGUUUACUACCCUCCAGAUGGUUCCCCCUCCUGCUCUGUUCUGCCAGCAAUGAACUACUCCUCCCUCAACCUGACCUGUUCAUGGCCAGGUGGCCUGCCCUCCCCUUCACUACGCUGGACCACAAACCAUCUCUCCCUGGCACAGGGAGGGGCGUGGCUUGGGGGUGAAGAGUCAUGGCCAGCCAACAAUAUCUCCGUACUGCAGUCUGGAUCCCAGACCAACAACAACUCUCUGUUCACCUGCCAGGGGAUGCACCCUGCUCUCAACACCUCCACACAAUGCACUGCACGGGCCUGGUCUCCUUAUGGUGAGCCAGUGUGUUCUGCUUAUGCCACCGGGAUGAACCAGUACCUGCUGCUGUCCUGCUCCUGGGAAGGUGGGUCUCCCAGGGCUGUGGUGUGGUGGGAGGUGCCUAAAGAAGAGGGGAGGGGCCAAGAAUUGGAGACUUCCAAGAUCCUGGUACUUCGUUCUAACUCCACCCAGAAUGGACAGGCCUACACCUGUUAUGCCAAACACCCCUUGGACACACACACCAGGACCUGCAGCCUCAAACUGGAGGCUCCAGUCUUGUUGACCCAGCGUAGUGUGGUGUCUGUGUUCGAGGGCAGUGACGUUCAGCUCACCUGUAUCCUUCAAUCCAACUAUCCCCCGGCCAAUCAGAUUGUCUGGUUCAACAACCACAGACAGGAAGUCGAAGCCCUGGCCAAAACCAGGAAGUAUGUACUGCGUCGCGCGGCUGCGUGGACCAACCUAACGGUCUUAGAGACGGAUGGAACAACAGACAGCGGCCAAUACUGGUGCUCCGCUAGCAACGCCGUGGGGGGAACCGAGAUCCCUGUUACGCUAUUGGUCAAGAGAUACCCCAUGCCUCCCAAUGUGACCCUGGUAAGGCUGGUUUACAGCAGUCGGCAGCGCAGAGAGGUAGAGCUGGAGUGGCAGAUGGAGGGAGAGGGAGAAGGAGGAGAGGGAGGAGGGCUGACUGGAUUUAUACUUGAGCGCAGACUAGAGGAGGCACCAGGGCAAAGGAGAGGAGAGGAGGAAAAAGAGAAGGACAGAGAGGAGGCUGGUACAGAUCCUGCUGACCAAGAGCAGCGCGCCGACACCGGCCUCGGGGACGACCCGGAGGACGGGACGCAGGGCGAUACGGGUGGAGACGGUGAAACUCCUGUAGCAAUGAAGGAUCUAGGAUGUCCUCCACCGGUACCCAGCAUCUCUCCUCCGGGCCAUAACCCUCCCACUCCACGAGCAAUGGGAUCUGUGACCUCCCUAAUUAGCCCCGACCCCAAAGGACGACUAUCUAAGGAGCAGCGACAGGAAAAAAGGAGUAGUUUCUCUCCAUGGAAACAGGUGGCAGUAUUGGAACCCAGGGAGAGGGUCCACAUGCUGGGCAACAUGACCCCAACAGAUACCUACCAGAUACGCAUCACAGCUGUCAAUCACAGAACCCUCGGACACCCCUCCCCCCCAGAAACACCAGCGGACCCUCCCUUCAGUGCGUACCCUGCUGUGAUUGGAGCAGCCAUCGGAGGGAUGCUCAUCGCUGCCAUAGCAACCGUUCUGCUUUUCAUGUACAUCAUCCGCAACCGCAACAACAACCCCCGACUCCAUGACAUGCUGUUUGGAAUGCAGCACAGCCGGUCCAGGGAGAACAUCAACCUUCCUGAUGAUGAGGUGAUGGGAGGAGUUGACGGAGAGGGAGGAGCUACAGAACAUUGCCCCUCCCCUAGCCCAGGUCCAUCCAUGUCCUCUCCUAGGGCUGCCUCCCCCGUCUCCCCUCCUCUACCCGCUGAGGACAACGAACCUGUCAACGUCACCAUCACUGUCAUGGCAACAGGCUGA